CCCGGAAACGGCGGGGUGGAAGCUGCGGGGUUCUGGCGCUGCGCAUGCGCUGGGUGUGGCUCCCAUAGCAACCAUGCUGGACCGGGCCGGGUAUCGGGCGCUGCCGCUGGGCGAUUUUGACCGCUUCCAGCAGUCGAGCUUAGGCUUUCUGGGCGCGCAGAAGGGCUGUCUAUCCCCGGAGCGGGGUAGCGUGGGGCCAGGGGCCGAUGUGCCCCAGAGCUGGUCCUCCUGUCUCUGCCAUGGCAUCAUCAGCUUCUUGGGAUUCUUGCUGCUGCUGCUCACCUUCCCCAUUUCUGGCUGGUUUGCCCUAAAGAUUGUACCCACCUAUGAACGGAUGAUCGUGUUCCGUCUGGGCCGCAUCCGCAACCCACAGGGGCCUGGUAUGGUUCUGCUCUUGCCCUUCAUUGACUCCUUUCAGAGAGUAGAUCUGAGAACACGAGCCUUCAACAUCCCUCCUUGCAAGCUGGCCUCCAAGGACGGGGCUGUCCUGUCUGUCGGGGCCGAUGUCCAGUUCCGCAUCUGGGACCCGGUGCUGUCGGUGAUGACUGUGAAGGAGCUGAACAUGGCCACGCGCAUGACAGCCCAGAACGCCAUGACCAAGGCCUUGCUCCGGAGGUCACUACGGGAGAUCCAGAUGGAGAAGCCCAAGAUUAGUGAGCAGCUCCUGCUGGAAAUCAACGAGGUGACCAGGGCCUGGGGGCUGGAGGUGGACCGAGUGGAGUUGGCAGUAGAGGCUGUGCUACAGCCACCCCACGACAGCCCAGCUGGGCCCAGCCUGGACAGCACCCUGCAGCAGCUGACACUGCACCUGCUGGGCAGAGGCACGAACUCGAUGGCAGGAGGUGCACUGCCUCCAAGGCCAGCAUUGGCUGCCACCCCGGUGGAUACCUUGGAGAUGGUAAGGGAGGUUGAGCAGUCAGCUAUCCACACUGAGGCCUGGACCGGGCCCAGUCCGAUGCAACCCGUGGCCGAGGGGCUGCUGACGGCCCUGCAGCCCUUCCUAUCCGAGGUCCUAGUCAGCCAGGUUGGCGCCUGUUACCAGUUCAACAUCAUCCUACCUGGAGGCACCCAGAGCACCUACUUCCUGGACCUCACUACAGCAGGGCAAGGCAGGGUAGGUCGAGGGACACCUGACCGCAUGCCGGACGUGGUGGUGGAGAUGGCUGAGGCCGACCUGCAGGCCCUUCUGUGCAGGGAGCUGCGGCCCCUGGGUGCCUACAUGAGCGGGCGGCUACAGGUGAAGGGUGACCUGGCUGUGGCCAUGAAGCUGGAGGCCGUGCUCCAGGCCCUGAAGUAGCAGCCAACAAGAGCCACUUAUCACCCAGCCUUCAGGCUUUAUGGAGGAGGAGGCUCCAUCCUGCAACGAGGAUGGACAGUGGAGGGCCAGCCUGGAGCUCCUGGCGGAAGUGGGAGAGGCCAUCCAGCACAUUGCCUCUGUGGUGGCCCCUAGGCAGGCUCUGUCCCGCCCUCCCUCCUGCCAAGUGCCCAUCUUGGAACAUCUUGAUGCCACCUGGCCUGGGUCUGGACCUGCACGAAGGACUGAGGCUUUGUGGAUCCAAGUGUGUGAUCAGGGACCAGAGAGGCUGGGGAGGGCAGAGUCCCAGGAAGAAUUUGCUGCCCCCUGAGGUCAGCUCCCCGCCCUGCAGCAUUCCAGCCUGGCCAUUGUGGACACACGACAGCAGGGCUGCCUCCGCCUGUUCUGCGCUUCGUGUCUGACCUGGGGCCCAGAACCGCACAGGGGCGCUGAUGUUCAUGCUGCUUCCGGGUUCCACCCCUGUGACCAAUAAACAUGGCACUCAGUGGGGCACAGAA